GUCAUUUGGAGUAAGGACAGGGAAGGAAGAAGGCAAAGCCGGUUGGGGUAAUUGAAGACGGCCGUGGAUAAAUGCACGUCAUUUUGAAGUGAAGUUAUUUUGCUUUAUGACGUUUUUUUUAGAACGGCGACUGUUUUCAUGGGCUUACCGGAGAGAUCUUUAAAUAACCGGAAGCUGCAUUGCAAAUGCUAAGGAAAUCACUAUAUUUUAUGAAUGUAAAACAGAGGGGAGCAGGCUCUGUCACUACAAUUUACAUUAACAGUACCCAAAGGAAGUUAAAUGCUAAUUGCACGUCAUCGCUGGACAUCGCACGGCCCUAAUUCACGUUCCGGACUGAAGUGCACUGAACCGUAACUACAAUGUCCGCAUCAACUUCAAACUCAUCCCACCACCAGCAGCAGAGAAUGAGACGCAGCAAUGCAGGUUCACCCACCGCAGCCAACAGCAGCAGCAGUAACAGCAGCCGGCUGCUGCAGCCCAUCCGCGCUACAGUUCCCUAUCAGCUUCUCCGCAGCAACCAACAGAGCCCGACCCGAUCUCCUUCUUCAUUCUCAGUGGGGAGCAACACUGGACCGACCUCAUCACGGUGCUCAAGCCCGCCCAGCCCGACACAAGCACUGUCGAGCCCCGGGGGUAGCGGCGUGGCGGACCAGAGGCUGAUCGGUAGACAGAGGCGAUCUCCAGACAGCAGGAGCUCACCUGAGAGACGGAGUCCGAGCUCUCCGAUCUGUAGAGUGGAGAGAUCGAAACCACAGCAAAUCCGAACCUCAAACACCAUCAGACGGACAUCUUCCCUGGAUACAAUAACAGGAACUUACCUCACUGGACAGUGGCCUCGUGAUCCCCAUGUGCACUACCCAUCAUGCAUGAAAGAUAAAGCGACUCAGACUCCUAGUUGCUGGUCAGAAGAAGAGGCAGAGAAGAGAAGCACACACCAACGAUCAGCCUCUUGGGGCAGUUCAGAUCAGCUGAAAGAGCAGAUUGCAAAACUGAGGCAACAGCUGCAGCGCAGUAAACAGAACAGCAGACAUAGUAAAGAGAAGGAUCGUCAUUCUCCACUUCAUGGAAACCAUACCGCUGUAAGCCAGACUCAGGCAUCUCUCUCCAGAACAGUCACGAUGCCAUUAUCAAACAUUCCAGUGCCAAAGUCCGCUAUUUCCAGAGUUCCCAGCAGUAUGGAGGGAAUUAAUCAUGAACUGGAAAAGGUGUUUAUAAAAGACAGUGGAGAAAAAGAAGAGUUAAAGCCACUGGAUGUGCCUGAUGGCCGCAGAGCACCAUUCCCUCCUCACUGUCGCAGCAGCAGUACACGCAGCAUUGACACCCAGACACCUUCAGUUCAGGAGAGGAGCAGUAGCUGUAGUAGCCAUUCACCUUGUGCUUCCCCCUUUUGUCCCCCUGGAUCUCAGGAUGGAAGCCCCUGUUCUGCAGAGGACCUUCUGUAUGAUCGAGAUAAAGACAGUGGGAGUAGUUCACCUUUGCCUAAGUUUGCCUCAUCUCCCAAACCAAACAACAGCUACAUGUUCAAACGAGAGCCCCCAGAGGGAUGUGAGCGAGUCAAGGUCUUUGAGGAAAUGUCGUCUCGGCAAUCAGGCUCAAUCCCACUGUUUUCAUGUCCCGACAAAAACAAGGUAAACUUUAUACCAACUGGAUCUGCCUUCUGCCCAGUGAAACUACCAUCUUCUGACCAGAAUCCGCUGGACUCUCCUGAUGAGCACGCCACUGGAAACAUCGAAGGAAGCACACAGUCUGUCAGCACUGUGACUGUUGAGCAGCCCUACUCUCAGGUCUCGGUCGACACCAGCACAGAAGUUUUCCCAGAGGCCUGUGCCCAACUCUCCUCGUUUCAGCAGCCACCAGCGAUUCAAGAGUCCACAGAGGAGGAGUAUUCCACACCUCAGAACUAUGCGUUCAUGUAGAGUCUGGCAGAGCAGGCCUCUGCCCUGAAAUGGGGCCGAAAGAAUUGCUAUGUUUUAACAUCUGCAUGAAGUAGCAACAAAAUGUCCAGAUCAGAAAAACUUUAGUGUUCUUAGCAUAUCUUUAAAAAAAAAAAUUAAAAAAACAACAAAACAAAAAAAAAACAAAACAAAACUUCUUGGCAGGGAUAGAAUUCAUCUCUUUUAAAAUAACUCGGUAAAGCAGUAAUGCUUGAAAAAAAGAAAAAAAGGAAAAAAAAUAAACAUGCUUCAUUAAGUGUUUUAAGUGGGGGACUAUGCAUUUCAUCGUAUGUUUAUUCAUAUUAGUACUGUGUCCUGUGUUCUGUUUCAACAUCUACAGUAUGAUAUAAGCUCUUUAUCAAAAUGAAAGAAAAAUGCCUGUCUAAAUUGAAAAAACUGUGUAUUGCUGUGUCAUGUAUGUAAUGGAAAAUGCUGUAUUUUUCAGGAUUGUGUUUACAAUCGAUCCAGGUUAUGUUUCUAAACUUCUUUAAUACAUACAAUGCAAAAAAAAAAAAAAAGAUUAAAAAAAUGGCCACACUAGUUGCACAGUGCCCACGUAAUGGCCUCGCUUCAGGUACUUCUGUUGAAGUCUAAACUCAGGUAAUUUGGAAUGUAUCCACAUAUAGAUGAAACAAAAAUGUGGCUUUCGAAGCUGAAAGAGGGAGUUAACAAUAAGCAUCGCUCUCUUGCCUUUCCUUUUUUGUACAUUAAUCUUUUCUCAUUACAUUCCAUAUCCUUUAAAAUAAGUGCAUUCUGAUCCAGGGAGGCCUCCUGGAAUGAUGAACGUCCUCAUAACCAGCAGAACUGUGAUGUCUGGCGCAUCACCCUUAAGGGAAUGAAAGACGCUUUGUGCGGCAUUGCAAUUGUCGCUCCUUCUACGACUGUUAAACUAUUGAAGUUUAAGGGGUCCGGUACAAGGCUGUACAUACAAAACAUUCCG